GACAAUAAAAAUGUAUUUGAUAGCAUCUUUGCUGAAACCCAUAGUAAAUUGGAAUGCUUAAACAAUAAAAUCUCUAAACUUCAAGACAUUUAUUUAACUAAUAAUGAUUUGGAUAAGAAGUCUGAUAAUAAAGCUAAUGAAUUUAUUGAUAACAAAGCUUCUUCAGAAUCAUUAGUCAUAUAUAUUGAUAAUUUUUUUACAGCUAAUCAAAUUAAAUGUUUUUAUAAAAUAUAUAUGCUCUAUUCAAUACAUAUAGUAAUAAAAGAUAAAAAAAUUCAUGAUAAGAGAUUAGAUAAGCAAGAUAAUAAUGCAUUUUUGGUGAAGUUGCAACAAUUCGUUUGUUGUAUCAAAAGAUGUUUUUCAAAUAUUAAUCCUUAG